AUGUUUCGUAGUCGUAGCUGGUUUGGGGGUGGUUGGGGUCGUCCCAAAAACCCCCAUUCUCUUGAAAGAUUGAAAUAUUUACACAAUAUUCUUUGCAAAAAUACUACAGUAUCAGAGAGUAAUCGAGGGAUUUUAGUAGAAUCUUUACGAUGUAUAGCAGAAAUUUUAAUAUGGGGAGACCAGAACGACAGUUCAGUGUUUGACUUUUUUUUAGAGAAAAACAUGUUGUCAUAUUUUCUAAAGAUAAUGCGACAAAAGUGUGGAGGCUCAUCUUAUGUAUGUGUACAGUUGUUACAAACACUUAACAUUUUAUUUGAAAACAUAAGAAAUGAAACAUCAUUAUAUUACUUGCUAAGCAACAACCAUGUCAACUCCAUUAUAGUUCAUAAGUUUGAUAUCUCGGAUGAAGAAGUAAUGGCUUAUUAUAUAUCAUUCCUAAAGACAUUGAGUCUUAAACUCAAUAAUCAUACCAUACACUUCUUCUAUAAUGAGCAUACAAAAGAUUUUCCACUGUACACAGAGGCAAUCAAAUUUUUCAAUCACUCCGAAUCUAUGGUGAGGAUUGCCGUAAGGACUUUAACGCUUAAUGUAUAUAGAGUACAAGAUGCAAGUAUGCUAAGAUUUAUAAGAGAUAGGACUGCGGCACCAUACUUCAGUAAUUUAGUAUGGUUUAUUGGAAAACAUAUUCUGGAACUAGAUGCAUGCGUGAGAAAUGACGCUGAUCACCAAUCUCAGCAGAAACUGGACGAUUUAGUUGCAGAACAUCUAGACCACUUACAUUAUAUAAAUGACAUACUAUGUUUAAACAUUCCCGAUCUAAACGAUGUAUUGACAGAACACCUUUUACAUAAAUUACUCAUACCCCUAUACAUUUAUUCACUCACAUCCGAAUCUGCAAAACGUCACACAGCAUCCCCCUACAGUAGAGACCAUUUGCAAAGCAUAGAAGUGAUCACUCGUAAUCUUGAAGCGAUAUUGACUGGUAAAAGUACUGACACUCCCCCAAGACUUAACUAUCCCAUGCAAAGGUUAGAGUCUGAAGAUGAAACCAAACCUUCAGUAUCAUGUGUAGUUUCGCUGUUUUUGCUAUCUCAAGUGUUCUUAAUAAUAACACACGGUCCCAUAGUUCAUGCGUUAGCUUGGAUUAUAUUACAAUCAGAUUUAACAGUGUUCGAAGAUGGGGCAACGAAGAUCUUAGACGUGUACGUCAGCCAUGCGAAAUCUAGUGUGAAACUAGAAUUUUCUAAGCCCCAAUUGAGUUUAGAAAAGGCCUUAGAGAAUACCUCCUGCCCCGAAAGAGAUUACACCACACCAGAAUAUUCUGGGGUCAAAUCAUUCGGAUAUGAUACCGAUCAAUCGAGUUGCGAUCUCGAUCCCGAGUUGGUAUCGACAUCGUUACCAUCGACUUCUCAUAUAAGCGAAUCGUCUAGUAUAGCUAACGAUUCUACAGAGGAUUUAGUUACAAAGAUACAAACAAUUAAGACUAGAAGCUCGAUUACUUUGAAAGCGAAUAUGCCCGAUUCGCCUCUACCCGAUUCCGGAAUCGAUUCCAGCUCAUCAAAAGUUUCCGAUUUUAAUAAUAUUACCGAUGAAGAGAAACAGAAGUUAUUAGGCGUUAUGCCAACUACUUCGACGGAACGUGUGAAAACGAAUGAGAAUUUGUUGGAGAGGGAAGCAAGAAAUGUAGAUAAAAGGCCGUUUUUAAAAACGAUUCUCGAUUCUUUAGACUGUAGUGAGAAUGAUUAUAAAGCGCUUUUCGCGCUGUGCUUACUUUACGCUUUAAUUAAUAAUAAAGGAGUAAAUCCAGAGUUAUUGGACACAUUAUUAUACUCAGAAAUAGAUGAUGCUAGUAAAAGUAGCGUAAAUAAAGAAGCGCCAUCUAGUGAUGACGUUAAGGAUGUUAGUGAUGAAAAAAAGAAAUAUGACAGAUUUAAUACACUGUUAAUAUCGAAGUUAAUGGCUAUAGCCAACCUUAGUUGUAAACCUGCAUCAAAAGUGCGUCUAGUGACGUGCGAGCUGACCGUCCGUUUGCUCCGCACGGCCAUGCAAGGACCGGGACAAGUUCCCGUGCCGCGCCAUAUAGCCUCCGCGGACGCACUCCGCGGCCGAGCUGCGGCGUUAGCUAGAAACUUCUAUAAAUGUGACGAUAUAUUCUUGGACAUGUUUGAGGAUGAAUAUUGCGAAAUGAGCAAGAAACCGUUGAACGUUGAAUGGCUGUGUAUGGACGCGGCGAUACUCUUGCCUCCCACUCGCACUCCCAUGUCCGGUAUAGCCUUUGAAAAGAGACUGCCUAGCGGAGAGAUGGAAAGAGCCCGAAGAGCGAUACGUACGUUCUUCUUAAUAAGAGAUCUAUAUUUAAAGUUGACUGGUAAGACUGAGACCCAGCUGCCUCUAGCCAACCCCUCGCCGUUUGUACAAGUUGGUGACGUUUUGGACCUUAACGAUUCCGACCUGAUAUCUUGCGAUAUCAUACAAAAGGACGGCACGUGGCACCACAGGUUUCUGGCGGUCGACAACAUACAGGUCAUCUUGGUGGAGCCCGACAAGCAGAGGCUCGGGUGGGGCGUUGCUAAACUUGUUGGCAGCUUACAGGAUUUAGAGAUACAAGGAGACAAAGAAGAUCCCAGGUGUUUACAUCUGACCAUCCACAAGCCGCGCGUGGGCGCGAGCGGCGCAUUACCCAGGACUGUACUUUUACGGGCCAAGUUCAAGUUUGACGACCAUAUACGUAGUAUGGCGGCUAAGCAGAGACUCACUAAGGGACGUACAAAGUCUCGUCAAAAGAAGAUGCAGCAAAUCGGUCGGUUGCUAGAAGUGUGCGGAGUGGCGGCGCCCGCGCCCGUCCCGCGCCAUCGCCCUCUGUUCGCGCGCCCCGCCCUGUCUACUGCCAGGCGACACUCAGGUAUAGAUGGUGACGACACAGAGCGCCGCAUCCGCCGCCCGAGCGGGCACGUGUUGAAGGACGGCAUCGUAGUGUACCGCGAACGCACUACAAGCAGGGAGAGUAGUGUAUCAAGAACUAGCAGCACUCACGCCUCAAGGGAAAGUUCUCCUCGUGCUCGAUCUGAAGAAAUACCCCUAGAAGAUAUAAGGAGAAACUCUGGUUUAGCUGCGGCCAUACCUUCGACUAGCAUACAGAGCCCACCGAGUACGUCUCAACGUCCCAAGUUAACUAACACGUCGUCAGAAGAAACAUCAUUUAUUUCCAGUGAGCCGCGAAAACGGAAAGGCAUCGUUGAAACCAUA